UGCGGACGCUCGACGCGAUGGCUCUGGAAAAGAGAACCCUCAAACUGGUAGCUCUCGUCGUCUUCGUGUGUCUGAUAGUACUGGGUUUCAUAAUCGGUGGUAUUAUCAUAGGGCUAUCAACGGGCUACCGCUACCCAGGACUGGAAGUAUGGCCAAGAUCGGAAGAAUACAACUACGAGCAGCCCCUCAUCCAGUUUAGAGCCAGCGACCCUGGCAGCUGGCAUCCUUGGUUUAAGAGAAUCAAUGACUUUCUUUUGGCUUACGAGACCACAGUCCCAGAGGAGCCCCCUCGUGCUCCAUGCUCGGUGCGGCGUCACGAUCAGCGCGUGGUGGUGGCGGCCUGCGAGCGUGUCCUCGGCAUGUGGGCUCCGUGUAACGCAGAUAAUUUCUAUGGCUAUGCUGUUGGCAAACCUUGCGUCUUCCUUCGAUUAAAUAACCUGCAUUACUGGGUUCCGGAGCCCUACAACAUCUCGAAGCCCAUGAGCAUUCCUCCAGAUAUGCCUAACAACAUAAAGCAGGCUAUGCGACAACGUCCUGCGAAUCAUUUCGGCGAUUACAUUUGGGUCUCCUGUAAUGGCGAGUUCAGUUCCGACGAGGAGAACAUUGGUCCAAUCCAGUACAUACCCGGGAACCUGCCCCCCGGUUUUCCUACCAAACGUCUUCAAACCGCCGAUCGUAUCUCAAGAAUUGCCCAAGACCGCCCCGACCAGACGCCUGGACCGUUGGUGGCAGUCUUUUUUGAAAAUCCACGCCGAGGCGUGGUCAUCAACGUGGAGUGUCGGAUCUGGACGCGCGACAUCAUCUACGACCGCUCCAGCAGAUACGGUCGCGUGCGUUUCGAAUUGCAAGUCGAUUAAACAAGUUUUUACUUACGAAUCUUCAUUUUAAGCCCAUUCCCUGAUACUUGUACAAUUUUUUUUAUCAAAUUCACUUGAAAAUUGAGGUCACUAUUCGGGUGAUAUUUUUAUACCACAGUUAGUGGAGAGAUUGUCGUGUCAUUUACUUAAUGCCAAUUAUUUUGAAGACUUUUUGAUUAAGAUUAAUUAUUAUGGUAAAGUGAGCGUGUAAGAAUCCAGUGUAUGGAUUAUUUUGGUCUCUGUGUUAGUAUUGUGUAAUAUUAGGGCGUCUUUUAAUAAGAAUAUUCCCUUAUUAUAAAUAUAACGUCGAUGUGUUGAGUCUUUUCUUGCUUUUUUGGGAUUUAUUGUUUGCCGAAAGUACAUCUAAAAUAGGCUACAGACAUGAAAAUUAUUCGAUUCAUAUAUAAGUAUAAAAUUUGUAAUUCAUGUUUACUAAAAAAUAUAAAUUAAAAGUUGAUUUCUUCUUUAAACUGUGUAUUCAUAAGCUUUUCAUUUUAUAUAAACACGUACCUGUUAGGUUAGGUUUUUUAUUUAUUUAUUAUAGAUUUUUUAAAUUCGUGAUAUUCUAUGGAAUGCUUGGUGUGCAAUAUUUGUGCAAUAAAAAUUACGUAAU